UCUCUGCAUGAACCCACUGAUCAUGUUCAACCUUUUCUCCCCUCCUUCUUCUUCUCCUCAUCUAAACCCUCGCUGUGCCUAGUCGCCCUAAAUGUGUUUUAAAUGCAGCUUAAGUGACAUCACAUUGCUGCAGUGCUGCAGUCAAUGAAAGGUGUCAGUCGUCUCCUCUGAUACCAAGAAUUUGUCCACUGGCCACUUUGCUCAGCUCUGCUCCAGACAUCAUGGCGUGACUGCGUGUAUUCAUUUGCUCUUAUUACGCAGGUGGACGCCUGCAUGAGGAAGCAGAUAGAGGCGCAGCUUGGGAAGAAGAAGCUCUGCCUGUUCUCCGGGACACAGCAACAACACCAUCUCCCUGCUGCCACAUCCCACCACCGCAUCGCUUCGUUGGAGGAGCGGACAGACAGGAGUCAUGUGCGAGAACUAAACUGCUGGAAGGAUUGCGCACGGAGCUGGAGGAGACCGCGUGUUGACGGUGCAUGGGUGGGAUUCCUUCAUUGCGCCUCAGACAGGGGAAGUUAUCACAACAAAUGGCCUCAGCAAAGGCAAACAGCUGCCGGUGAAACAGGCGUGUUUCAAGACUGAAACCCGGCGUGGACGCACAGUUUUCGACCUUCGUGGCUUUUUCUGACGGACUGGAAGCCUUGGUUUCACUGUGAGGCGGCUUUAUUUUAUCUCCAGGAGCGCAAAUCCUGGAGCCUCGGACUGCAGCUUCCCCCCCUUCGCCAUCAAUUCAUAACAAGCGUGAGGCUUUUAUCGGAUAUGUAAUCCAGCGUUACAAACCUUGUAGUCUACGCAGGGGGACUUGAUUCGACCACGUACUGACGCUUUAACCCAUUUAUUUGAGCCCGGCUCCGGACACGAGCGUCACACUCUCCUGAAACCGCGGAUUUGGGGGAUUUCAGCUUCACACGUUCUGCCUCCAAAAGCCUCAAUCGGAUCGUACUGGGAUUUAAGGUGGGGUUUGAUCCACACGCAGGUAGUCGGAGGAAGACACCCCGUGUUCUCUGGUUGGUGACACUCAGCAGAUUGUCGCUCGUCGCGUCCUUUGGAUUUUUCUGCAGAGCCGUGACGGUUUUACGCGUGAAUUUGGGAAUAAACGAACUCUCUUCAGCACCUGAGAUUCGCUGUGUUUACCCGGUGGAAACAAGUGCGUGGACGGUGGAAAUCAUGUGCAAUAGGAUCAACCCUCUAGAAUCUGCGUUAUCAGUCCCACUUUUGACUUCUCUGAAGUGAACCUUGUGUGGAGCAUCCAAAACAACACAGUAUUCUGCCUUCCAAUCUGUUGACUGAGAAUCCCCCGGAAUCAUUGAUCUCUAUGAAGGGAUUAUGCAGCAAAGGUGCUGUAUUUCCUGUGACACCCACGGGAGUCAUCUGCGUCUGCAUUGACCCUCUCGCUGCGAGCCGUUCAGCAUGCUGAUGUGAAACCGGCAAUGGAGACCAGGGCUUGAUAUCCGGACCUGGACACUGAUCAACGAUGGAGCGGCUGGUUCUGUGCGUGCUGCUGUGUGCAGCUCUGGUGAAGGGUUACAGCUGCCCCGGCCGCUGCAUCUGCCAGCACCUCUCCCCUACUCUGACUCUGCUCUGUGCUAAGACCGGCCUGUUGUUCGUGCCCCCCACCAUCGACCGCAAGACCGUCGAGCUGCGGCUCACGGACAACUUCAUCACCAUCAUCCGCAGGAAAGACUUCUUCAACAUGACUAGUUUGGUCCACCUCACUCUGUCCCGCAACACCAUUAGCCAGAUCACCCCCCACGCCUUUCUGGGCCUGCGAUCCCUGCGGGCGCUCCACAUGGAUGGGAACCGCCUCAGUGCGAUAAAGACCGACCACUUCAAGGGCCUCAUUAACCUGAGGCACCUCAUCCUCGGAAACAACCAGAUCCACCAAGUGGCCCCCACCUCCUUUGAUGAGUUUGUUGCGACCGUAGAGGACUUGGAUCUUUCCAAUAACAAUCUGCGCAGUCUUCCCUGGGAAGCCAUAGCCAGAAUGACCAACAUUAACACGCUCACACUGGACCACAACCUGAUCGAUCACAUUGGAGCGGGGACUUUUACGCUGCUCACCAAGCUGGUCCGCCUGGACAUGACCUCAAACAGGCUGCAGAAGCUGCCACCAGACAGCUUGUUCCAGCACGCUCAGGUACUGUCUGACACCAAGGGCUCCAGCUCUUCCACUCUGGCUGUGAGCUUUGGUGGGAAUCCCCUCCACUGUAACUGUGAGCUGCUGUGGCUCCGCAGGCUGACAAGAGAGGACGAUCUGGAGACAUGCGCCUCACCGGAACACCUCAUGGACAAAUACUUCUGGUCCAUCCAAGAGGAGGAGUUUAUCUGUGAGCCCCCAUUGAUCACCAAACAUCUCACCACUAAGCCCUAUGUGAUGGAGGGGCAGGGUGUGACUCUGAAAUGCAAAGCCGUGGGUGAUCCAGACCCAGAGAUUCACUGGAGGUCACCAGACGGCAAGCUGGUGCAUAAUAAUUCCCGUACCAUCCUGUAUGAUAAUGGCACCCUUGAUAUUCUCAUCACCACGCUGAAGGACAGUGGAGCAUUUAAUUGUGUGGCGUCCAAUGCUGCAGGCAUCGCCACAGCUGCUGUUGAGAUCAACAUGAUCCCCUUACCCUUGUUUGUUAACAACACGGGCCACAUGCGCGAGGACCCCGGACUCUCAGACAUCACCACCUCCUCCAAAUCUGGCAACGACACCAAGGGCUACGACAAGCAGGACAGGAGGGUGAUGGUCACAGAGCUGACCUCCUCCUCCGCUGUAAUCCGCUGGCCAUCUGAGCGCCAUAUCCCCGGCAUCAGGAUGUACCAGAUUCAGUACAACAGCUCGGCAGAUGAUACUUUGGUGUACAGAAUGAUCCCAUCCACCAGCAAGAACUUCUUAAUCAACGAUCUGGCCGCCGGACGGGAGUAUGACCUUUGUGUGCUGGCGGUUUAUGACGACGGCAUCACAUCAUUAACGGCCACACGUGUGGUUGGCUGCGUGCAGUUCCACACAGCCAGUGAGGUCAGCCAGUGUCGCUUCAUGCACAGCCAGUUCCUGGGAGGCACUAUGAUCAUCAUUAUCGGUGGUAUAAUUGUUGCUUCAGUGCUGGUGUUCAUCAUCAUCCUGAUGAUCCGUUACAAGGCCUACAGCAGCCCAGAGGACAGCAAGAACAAGGUCAGCUCCAGCAUGCACUCCCAGACCAAUGGCAGCCAGCAGCGUCUCCAGCGCUCCGUCUCCAAGCAGCCCUCUGAUGAUGGCCAGGCCCAGGUGCCCAAAGAGUGUAUGGCGCUGGUGCUGAGGGUGGACAAUGAGAAGAAGGAGGAUCCAGCUGCCACUACUGCUAUCCUGGAGGUGGAGCUGCCUCCACUGACUGCAGACAAGCUGAAGAGAAGAACCAGCCUGGACGCACAGCGCUCUGGUCCCCCGUCUGAGGACACGCAGACAGACAGUAGCCUGACAGGCUCCACCAUGUCCCUGUGUCUCAUAGGUCCCAGCGCCGGCACCAAGGAGGCUCCCAGGCUCAAGGACAAGAAAAAUGCCCUGGCUAACAUGGGUUUACUUCCCAACGAGCUGGCACGAACUAGGCAUAGGUUCUCUUUUGACGGUGGGGACUACUCCAUAUUUCAGAGUCAUAGUUACCCACGCAGAGCGAGGACGAGGUGGCACAAGUCCACCAACCAGCUCAACGUGGAGUCGUCUCCGCUCGCCAACCGGAGAGUUACCUUCAGCAGCACUGAGUGGAUGCUCGAGAGCACAGUCUGAGGAGAACAGUGUAGCUGAAGCACGACUCAGCCACACACGCAGACAUACAUGUGUAAAAACACAAAUAAACCUACAUGCCAUAUGAUGCACACUUUUCCUGCAAACGAUAAACACAAGCACAUUUACUUACACAUGAGAACUUUCUGUGAGUUGCUGGAGAAGAACAUUCUCCCUUCAUCCUGCCUCCCCAUCAUACUCCCAGAGAGGUUUGUUGGCCAUGUCCUUUCUUUAUGCAGCAGUGCCUUAUUCUAAAAGAUGUACGAAUGGAGGAUGCUGCUCACUGUAGUCAUAAACCUUCCUCUCUUAUCAUUGCCUCCCACCGUGAUAAUGGGGAGCGUUACUUUGGAUUUAUAAUUUUUUGUGACAUGCCAAGGGGGUGUGGCGUUUGGAUGUAUGUAACUGUUUAAUUGUUUAAAAAAAAAAAGACAAAAAAUUCAUCAUAACUGUAAAGUGAACAGCCAGGUAUCCUGUUAUGUCAAUCAUGUUUUGGGUUCUUUCAAAAGAAAAAAAGAAAAAAACUUUUGCACAGAAGACACGAGAUACAAGGACAAGUAUCACCACCAGUCUAUACAAUAAUAAUAAUAAUAAUGAAAAAAGAGAAGAGAAUUUUACACAUGCCAGUUUCUAAUGUUAGCGCAGAGAGGACGGACCUGGAAACCUGCCAUGGAUUCCUCUCUGGCGGUGGGACUAUAUGAUGUUUAAUAGGUAUUGUUCCAGAUGUGACUGUAUAUUAAUCGGUACUGUAUCUGGCUGGUCUAGAUAAAAAGACAACAAACAAAAAAGACAUAUAUAAGUAUAUUAAAACAUUGGUGUAUGUGUACUAACUAUGUAAGUAAGUAAGUCAUAUGUCACAUGACUUUUUACAAAGCAUUUGGGUGUUGGCUGCAAGUUUUUACAUUAAAAACCUGUGUCAUCACACCUCGCCCUAUUUAGUAUGUCAAAGUUUGGACCAUUUAUCCCCUCGCGAAGGGUAUUAAAUUUUUUGUGUGGGUUAACUGUAUGAGUGGUGUUUCCUUCUUGUGCUUCGGGGCCAGUGGUAUUUGUGUCCACUGCAGGAAGGGACGCACGAGUUGAGACGAUAAAUAUUAUAUUUGCCAGUUACUAUUUAUAAGGCUUCGGUGAAAGCUGCACCAUGGCCGCUGAGCAGAGUGGGGGUGUGGGGUGACGAGGGUAUAACUGGAGGAUGCGACGCUGAAUUCAAAUGCAGCCUGCUCUUCUUUACAAGGGUGUACCAUUGGGUGCUUACCACUAGGGGGACACAAAGCUCUGUAGGGUCCCUAAUUACAUGUAGACUGCAGUGAGGAUGUGUUAUAGACAUUAUGCCUCAUAAGAGGAGUUUUCAUGACAAAUACAUUUUUAAACACUUAACAUGUCCUAUGUAAUGUGUAAAACUAUAGUAUAGUGUGUUAUAAAGCAUUUUUAAUUGUAUUUAUACUGCAUAUAAAUGCUAAAUGUAGGAGAUGAUGAUAAGCUUGACAGCAGGAACAGAUACAGUCAAGGGUGGAGGAGGGAUAUUUGUUUGCUGCUGUAGAAACCACCUUGUCCUCCUGAUUACAGCUACUUAGAACAGGCUGAGAUCAAACACAGCGGCGUGGACUACACAGAGAUAAGUCACACUGGAGCUUUUCAAUCCUCUUGACUCUGCUAUUUGCAUCCUCAGUGGCAGAGAGGAUGAGUCGAAGAAUGGGGUCAUCGUUUUUUCUUUUCCUUCAUCUCUGUUUACCAGGUUCCAGCCAAAUCUGUUCACUUUUUUCAGCAAGGAGAAUACUUCACUUUAGGGUGUAAACUCUCGGCUGUGUCCGUUCAUCUAUCUCCUCAUUAAAUGCUGAUGCUUUCUGCUCUGGAAAUGCGCUGCUGACCAUUUAUCACAGCAGGAGAGGUAUUUCUGCCUGCUCCUAUCUGUAGCCAUUAUUCAACACAAAAUCUGCUUAGGUAGGAGACAUCACCCAGGCUAUGAAAUUGGCCC